UUUGUAAUCCACGGACGGAGAAACACCUUUCGAAGCGGUGGUUUUGCGAUCGAUUUGUUAUGUUUCUGGUACCGCGCCUGGGGUGUCGAGAACUUUCGAAGGGGGUUGCGAAUCUGAGGGUGGCCGUAACGGUCGUCCGAAAAACUACAAAUGCACCCGGCAUCAUCACUUCGGGGCUGCAAGACGUAGAAAUACCGACAAUUCCUUUGGACGAGUUCGUUUUGGAUAAGAGCGGAAUUUGGGAUGCUCGAGUAGCGGUGGAAUGUGUCGUAACAGGAAGAAAUUACACGUACAGCCAGCUCAGAACAAAAUCGAAAAAUUUCGGGUCAUCACUUCGAAAAAAACUGAAGUUACAAAAGAACGAUGUAAUUGCUAUGUUAUUACCAAAUGUGCCAGAAUUUCCCAUAGUCGCUCUGGGAGCAAUAAGGGCGGGAUUAAUAUGUACCACUAUAAAUCCACUUUACACACCAGAGGAAAUUGCGAGACAAUUAACGGACUCAUCCGCGAAGGUAAUCAUAACUUUGAAUGACUUCUGGCCUUUAGCACGAGCUGCCGUUCAAAGUACAAAAACGGAUAUACCAGUAUUAACAGUUGAUACAAAGCAAGGACAAUCCACACCUGCAGGUGCCAUCAACUUUUCAGAGUUCACAGACAAUGCGGUGGAUUUUCCACGAGCGGCGACGAGCUCGGAAGACGUGAUUUUCCUGCCGUACUCGAGUGGCACCACUGGCCUUCCGAAGGGGGUUCAGUUGACACAUUCCAACAUAGUUUCCAAUAUAUGCCAACUCCAUCAUCCGGAAUUGAAUUUAUUCCGGGAAACAACAGCGGACUAUCAAGAAGUUUGUCCAGCAGUGUUGCCAAUGUUUCACAUUUACGGACUGACUGUAUUAUGUUGGAACCUUUUGAGUUUGGGGAUUAAAAUCACAACUCUACCCAAAUUCGAACCAGAAAUGUACAUCAAGUCUUUACGGAAGUACAAACCAUCAACACUCUAUGUAGUUCCACCAAUAGCGAUAUUCUUGGCAAAACAUCCAGCGGUGAAACCAGAAGACCUUGAUAGUGUCGAAUAUUUGAUAAACGGAGCAGCACCCUUAGGAAAGCUAGAUGAAGAAGAGCUGAUAAAAAAGGCAAAUAGAGACAUAGCUGUUCUCCAAGGUUAUGGUCUCACUGAAACAUCCCCUGCAGUCCUGACUAUAUGGCCGAACAUGAAGAAGAUGCCGGGCAUCGAGGGAGCUUUAGGUUUGCCCCUCGCGAACACCCAAGUGAAGUUGGUCGCCAUCGACGACCCGACGGGCACACCCUUGGGGCCCAAUCAGACCGGGGAGCUGCUGGUGAAGGGGCCCCAGGUCAUGAAGGGGUACUUGAACAGGCCGAAGGAGAACGAGGAGACCUUUUUGGACGGAUGGCUGAGGACUGGCGAUAUGAUGUACUACAACGAUGAGGGAUUCUUGUUCAUCACCGAUAGGCUCAAAGAAUUGAUCAAAGUGAAGGGGUUCCAGGUGGCACCUGCUGAACUAGAGGAAAUCGUUCGAAACUUUCCUGACGUAACUGAUGCAGCAGUGAUAGGAGUUCCAGACCCCAAAGUCGGAGAAGUUCCUAGAGUGUACAUAGUGACCAGACCGGGGGCCAAAAUCGACUUCGACAAAUUGAACGAACACGUGAACAGUAAAGUGGCGAAUUAUAAGCAGUUGAAAGGCGGAAUAUGUGUGAUAGACAGUAUCCCGAAGAACGCGACUGGAAAGAUACUGAGAAGAGAACUGAAGAUGAUUUAUGAAAAAGAAAAUUCAUCGUGAUAUACAUAUUUUGUAUUAGCCUUGGGCAGAUACUAUUUUUAUAUGAUAUUUUAUAAUGUGUUAUUGAAGGGAUUUUAUUUGUGGAUAAUUCAGAAGAAUAA